AUGUCCGCCAUAGUAACUGAAACUUCAGAGCCUGGAGAGGAUCUAAGAAGACUCUUGAAGUCUGAUUCUGAUAGUUGGCUAGUCACUGGAUCAGUAUGGAGCUCGAAUGAACUGUUGAGAUCCAGAUUCAGAAGCAUUGAAAAUAGAAGAGAGAGGAAACUCGCUUUCCCUAAUAUAUCAUUACCAAUACCACAAGUCCCUGAAAACAGUUUUGGAGGAAAAUCUCCAUUGAUCCUUUCUCCUAAUGAUAUUAUAUCGGCUUCUGAGACUAUUUCACCUCACCUCAAAGAGUCUUAUUCGCCUUCUACUCCCACCAUAAACCAAAAAGGGUUCAAGAAUUACAAGUUGGUAGAAGAGCUAUACUCGAGUGAAAAGUCUUAUAUAAAUCUGCUUCAUUUGCUACAAAAGUAUUACCUAAGUCCAUUGUUGGAUAGUACUAGGUCAGCUUGUGGAGUGCCAUUAUACAUCAUGAGUGAAAAUGUCGAUAGUAUCAUUAUAGAUCACGAACGGUUCUGUGGAAUGCUUGGAAAACAGCUUGACACUUACGAUAGUGGAGAUGUUGAUUACAUGAAUCGAAAGAUUGGUGAGUUAGUGCAAAUUCUAGUUGAGAACCAUUAUCGAUAUAUAGAGUAUUGUGAUGUAUACGAAGAUGUGCUAUCGUUGUCCAAACUCCAUGAGGAUGAUACUGGUGUAAACAACACAUGGACUAAUGGAUGGAAUCAUUACUUAGAGGCCACUCAACCUCCAGCUAGAAAAUUAGAUCUUUCAUUCAUGUCGUUAGUUCAAAAGCCCACAGCAAGGUACGGCAAGUAUAGGCUAUUUCUAGAAGCACUUCUUCAAUCCACCUUCAAAGACUUCAAUUGUGUGGAUGAGAAUCUAACAACGGCCCUAAUCAAAGUCAAAAGUAAGCUAGAGCUCAUAGAUUUUGAUGCUUCAGUUUUAAAGAAAAUUGAUGAAGCUGACCUUUUGGUAGAUUUGAUAGAUUUCAAUGGUUGUGGAUUUGCCCGACAAUUCUUCGGCAAAUCAAUCUUAAUAGGUUCCCUUGUGGUAGCUUGGAUAGAAAUUGAUCGUCUUAAAGCAAUCACAGUAGCCGUGAUCCUAUUCAAAAGCCAUUUGGUUCUAUGUGAUGUGACAAGAGGUAAUAAGAAGUAUCCUAUUAUAUUCAUUAUUCCUUUAUCUAAAAGCAUGCUUGUAGAAGACAAUAAGGAUUCCGAUGGUGGUAUCUUUUCCAGUUAUCCAUAUGGUUUGAAAAUCUUGUUCGAAAUUGGCAAAGCUCAAUAUGAGAUACUUUUGGCAGCUAUUUCCAAACAAGAGUUCCAAAUUUGGAAAGAUACCCUUAAAACCCUAAUAAAUGUUGUUAAUGGGCCCUACAAGCUAGAUUUCUCCAUGAACGAAAUGGGAAUGAAUCUCAUACACCGAAAACCUCUUAGAAUAAGCCCAUUCAAUGUAUCGUUGGUGGGAAUGAAGAAAUCAAGCAAUGAUUGUUAUUUUCAAAGGCCAAUAUCUAUAAAGAUCUAUAAUUCCAUUUACAACGCUACCAACCAAAAUCUUAUAGCCGAAUAUUGGAACAUUAAUCAACCUCAAGAUUUUGAUGAAUCCUUAGAAUUGACUCGGUAUGAUAGGAUCAAAGCAGAGAAGAAGGUUUCCUUGAUCUGGAGUCAAGAGAUUCCAAGAAUAAUGUAUGAGAAGAAUCCCAGAAUAAGUAGACACAUAAGUUUACUUCAUUUCCAUUCAUUCAGAAGCCAAACUCUUCCCAAGGUUGAGUUGGCUCCAGUUCAAACACCAAUUAUUCCACAACUGCAUUUCUCUUUCAGUAAAACAGCAAUACCACCAGAUGAAGAAAUGUUUACGGCCCGAACUCACCAUACUUUGCACAAAACUGAAACUUCCCAUAGAACUGAAACUCCCCAUAGCACUGAAACUUUGCACAGAACUAAAACCUUGAACCCCAAUAAUUUGACUGAUACGUUGGAGAGAAGUAAGAUAUCUAGAGUUACCAGUUUCAAAUCAGAGAUCUUCAAUCUUUUCAGGACCAAAUCAUUACAGCCAUCACCUGUAAAACCUUCUGAUUCAAUCAAGUCCAUACAUUCGACUAAAUCAUUUCGAUCAUUGUUUAGAAAACAUAUCAAUGGAUAA